CCUGAGGGGUAUCGUGGGAACAUCCCAAAUGGUGAGAAAUGCAGGUGGCCUGGGGAUGUUAAUUAGGGCCGGUGUUGAGAGGGGGGGCAGUCUUGUGGGACUGCUAAUUCCAGUGAUUAGUGUCAGAAUUGUAUUGCAGUGCACUCAGUUGGGGUGGAAGCAGAAUAACUAUUAUUAAGGACAUGUCUCUGAUUUCUCAUAGAAAUGUUGAAAUACUGGAAAUAGUUCCAGAUCUUCAGGUUGGGCACUAUGAUUCGAAGCACUGGCUCCUCAGUGGAUAGGUUUAGAAAGACCACUUAGCGGACUCUACUCAAAGUGUGGCUCCAGGCUGUGCAGUUCUGCAAAAGGUUCAUUACCAGUUCCUGACUGAGAUAUGUUUCAGAACUGAUGUGUCUCUAGCUUGGUGAAAGCAUGCGCUGUAUAUGUGUAUGGUUAUGGCAUCUACAUCCUGGCUUUCAUGAACACAAGGUUCAUUCCGCCCCCCACCGCUUCAGGACACAGGGUGCUGACCGCAGAGACCUGCCAUGAAACCACACUUGAAGCAAUGGCGACAACGAAUGCUUUGCGGGAUAUUUGCUUGGGGGCUCCUCUUCGUGGUGAUUUUCAUUUACUUCACUGACAGCAACCCUGCUGAGCCUGCGCCCAGCUCCUUCUCCUUCCUGGAGACCAGGAGGCUCUUGCCCGUGCAGGGGAAGCAGAGGGCCAUCAUGGGCGCCAUGCAGGAGCCCUCCUUGCCUGAAAGCGUGAACGCAAAUAAAGGGCUGCUCGAUGGACACCUGUCUGGCCCCUUCCUCACGGGGCCCCGUGACCUGCAGAAAUGGGCUCAGGUGCAAGAUAGGUUUGAAAAUGAAGAGUUCUUUUCAUCCCAGAUCGGGAGAAAAUCUCAGAGCGCUUUCUACCCGGAGGACGACGACUACUUUUUUGCUGCUGGUCAGCGAGGGUCGCACAGCCACACUCAGGGCACGUCGGAGUCCCUUUCCCGCGAGGACCCAGGCCGGCGGGAAGGCGCGUCGCCCGCUCACCAGGCCCAGAGAAGGCGGGUGAAGAAAAGGCACCGGCACCAGGGAAGGAGCCACGUGCUAGAGGAGGGCGACGACGGGGACAGGCUGUACUCCUCCAUGUCCAGGGCCUUCCUGCACCGGCUCUGGAAGGGAAACGUCUCCUCCAAGAUGCUCAACCCACGCCUGCAGAAGGCAAUGAAGGACUAUCUGAGCGCCAACAAGCACGGCGUGCGCUUCCGCGGGCAGCGCGCGGCGGGACGGAGCCGGGCGGCGCUGCUGUGCGCGCUGCGGCACCGGGUGCGCGUGCGCACACUCGACGGCACGGAGCCGCCCUUCUCCGCGCUGGGCUGGCAGGCGCUGGUCCCCGCGGUGCCGCUCAGCCAGCUGCACCCGCGCGGCCUGCGCAGCUGCGCCGUGGUCAUGUCUGCCGGCGCCAUCCUCAACUCCUCCUUGGGGGAGGAGAUAGAUUCUCAUGAUGCAGUUUUGAGAUUUAACGCUGCUCCUACACGUGGCUAUGAAAAAGAUGUUGGCAAUAAAACCACUGUACGCAUCAUUAAUUCCCAGAUUCUGACCAACCCCACCCAUCACUUCAUUGACAGUUCAUUGUAUAAAGACGUCAUUUUGGUGGCCUGGGACCCUGCUCCGUAUUCUGCAAAUCUUAACCUGUGGUACAAGAAACCAGAUUACAACCUGUUCACUCCAUAUGUUCAGCAUCGUCAGAGAAAUCCAGAUCAGCCGUUUUACAUUCUUCAUCCUAAAUUUAUAUGGCAGCUUUGGGACAUUAUCCAGGAGAACACUAAGGAGAAGAUUCAGCCCAACCCACCAUCUUCUGGCUUCAUUGGAAUCCUCCUCAUGAUGUCCUUGUGCCGUGAGGUGCACGUGUAUGAAUACAUCCCGUCGAUCCGGCAGACGGAGCUGUGCCACUACCACGAGCUGUACUACGACGCCGCGUGCACGCUGGGGGCGUACCACCCGCUGCUCUAUGAGAAGCUGCUGGUGCAGCGCCUGAACACGGGUGCCCUGGGGGACCUGCACCGCAAGGGCAAGGUUGUCCUGCCCGGGCUCCGGGCCGUGCGCUGCCCUGUGCGCCGCUCUUGAAUAGAGGGACUCCUGGAAUCCAUGUGCAAUAAGGUACUACUGACGUACUCUGAGUCACAAAAGAAUACUUGAAGAUGUGUUUUAGGCAAUGUCGUCUUGAUUCUUUAAACUGUAAGUUAGUGGUGGCCACGAGAAUUCUUCUCUUUCUAAGCCAUUGAGUAUUUAUUACUAUUUUGAAUAGAAUAAUGGAAUUGAAAGGGGGGAGGGGUAAAAAAAACCAAGAAAGAUGAAAAAAAAAGAAAAGAAAAAAAGAUAGCGGGGGAGAAAAAGCAAAUGCAUAACACAAGGGUACUAUACUGUCAAAAUUGGUAAGCCUUUCUCUGCCAUGGGCACCACUUAACAACGUUGGUUUCAGUGAUACACCUGGCACUAUGAAAUGGUUUAUACCUAGAAACACCAAUGGUAAGGUACAGUAUCUGUAGCGUUAGUGUGUCACUUGUACAUGCAUUCAUCAUUAAAGAUCCUAGAGUUGAUGACGAACGUCUGAAUUAUCGCUCAGAUGCGUUUAUUUUAACAGUAAAUUCCCCAGUAUGUCCUACAAGGUGCUCGUGUUUCCAAACCAUUGAUUCACCAUCUCUCCUUCUCGCCGCCCCCUGAAUGCUUUGUGCUUUGUGUAUCAGGGCACAUUUCUAAAACCAUAGAGCAUCCGAGUUGAGCAGUUCAAGAUAAAGCCAACCCCGGAACAGCACCACAGAGGAGAGACACUGUUUUCCUGCAGCAUUUCCUUACUUGACUAGGAAUAUCACCCAGACAGAAAGAAGCAUCCCUGGCAAGGAAUACAGAAUCACGCGGCUGUAGGGCAGCCUGGCCUCAGCUUUUUCGCCUUGUACCUUCUCACCUGCCAGUCCCCGUCCCCCUCCCCCCCCCACAGCCUUUCACAGUUUCAGGCACUGAGGAUUAUGACACCCCAGUGGGAGAGGGCUCCUUCCAAUCCAGAAGCAGCGUUUCGGAGCAGUAACCCUAUGCUUCUGGGGAUGCACACCUAUCUCUUUUAUAUGGGUUUCUUGCAAGUAAGUAUUGGCUAUUGCAACCCAAAAGUGAUUUAACAGUCACUAGUUCUUUCUGCAGAUGGACAUUUAGGAAUUCCAUCCUUGUUUUCACAGAUAGGUUUAUGUCAGCAACAUAACAAAGCCAUAUAAUUAAAUAAAAUUGUGUGAAAGCAUGGCUCUUUAACAACAAGGAAAACACGUAUACGCUUCAGAGGGAAAGGCAGCUAGUGGGAAAAUUGUCAUCCCAGUGCAUUAGCUAUAUUCAGUUUCUGGUUUUUUUAAUCUCAAUUUUUGUCACUGAUACAUUGAAAAAAAUUUUGAUAUGAACACAGUGAAACAUACAUUAUGGGAGACCUUAAUUAAACAUGCUAUUAUUUCAAUAUAUAACCAAAACAUAGCUCAGUGGUAUGAUUAAGAUUUCUUGGCAAUGACCAUAGCAGCUUAAUUAAAUAUGUUCUCCCUUGCAAGUGUGUGAAUGUCAGGAGAGUUUAUGGAAAGUUUUGUUGUUGUUGCUGUUGUGCCAGGGUUGUUUUUCUCCUGAGCCUGCUUUCUUGAGCAAGAAUGAUUUACAGAAACUGACAGUUGUUUGGUUAGCCUGCUCAGCAGAAAUCCUGUUGGAUAAGAGACAUCUCCUAUGGUUUACUAUAGGGAUGACAGUGGGAGUCACUGAAAAGUUUCAGUCAUGGCAAUGUCACUAAAAGCCCAUUUGAAAGCUUUGUUUCUAGAUCUGUGAGAAGGGUGGAUAACUUUGUCCUACACGUUAGCCUGUAUCUGAGCAGACAUGGUCAAGUGACUCUUCUCCCCAGUGUCCUGAAAGAGAUUGGCCUUGUCCCCAUGUUUAGUGAGCAGUGACUGGAUGCUGGAGAGGCAGCUCUGACGCAGGGCGCGCGGUGCUCCCGCAGCUUUUGUUUCUCCCGGCGCCUUCCAGGCUCUGCCUUCAAAUGCCCAGGACCCAGAGGUUUCCUUGAUAUUUGUCCUAGUGGAUUUCCUCACUGGCAUCCUUAUUACCAGGACAGCCCCCUUUGAUGACAUGAGAAAUUGGUUAGAGGAAAGUUUAUUGGGGUCAGAAUAAAUAUUCAAGUUCAGAAGCCCCAGAAAACACUUCAGAGGUUUUGAAAUAGCGUUAUGCUGUAACGCAUGCACUUUUAAAAAGUACGUUCAGUCUCACUGAGGUUGUAAGAAAGACUGAAGAGCAUAAAGGAAACUUAAUUAAAAUUUUUGAAUUUAUUAUGGCCUUGGGAAUCAGGGUCUGUUAAACAUCCCAAAAAUGUGGUACACAUAUUAAUAAUAUUAAUACAGUGUAGGCUGGGCAUUCAUUCUUCUAUUUAAAAGUUUAAAUUGAUUAGUUUCUCAAAAUAUUAGGCAGCUAGAGUUAACAUGAUGACUGCUUCUAGUAUUAACCAAAUUGGGUCUAAGUGGCAAUACUUGGCCAGACUUUGAUUAAGUCUUUAUAUGCUAAUUUACUGGACUGCAGUAAACACACAGGCCUUUUGUGGCAUAGUUAACGGUAAAUGGUGUCCUGCAGUCCCUCCAGGCUCUGCCCCUUCCAAAACCCUCCCUCCUCUUCUGCGAAGGGUCGCUAAUAAAAUCCUUAUGGUGCAACCUGAAGCCAUUAAGUGUCCCUUUUUUCACUCUCAGGACUAACAAAGGUCACAUUGCUUUAUAUUUCAAAAUAGUUUCAUUUGAUUUUUUUUUGUUUUUGUUACCACAAAGAAACAAGUAUUGACCAAGAAUGACAGCUCACCUUUAUCUAGAUUCUUCCUAACUCCUUUCACCAGUCCCUCCACCAGGGACAAGGGUAAGGCUUAGCAGUUGUGGCAUUCUCACUGUCCCCGUGGAAUGCAGUGCUGGCCCUGUGUACCCGAACUUCCCCACUAAGUCUUCACAGAGCUGCUUUUAUCAAGAAUUUCGUGCAUGAGGUGGUCAAUUACAAGUUGUAUGUCAGCCUCAUGCAACCUCAGCGGUGUGCAUUAAAAUGCGCCAAGUGAGGGGCUUUUGCACAUCUGUCAGUUACUGGGUCUUUCCUUGUCCAUCCGGACACACAACUCAAGGAACCCAGCUUCAGCACCAGCACCUCCCAUGUGUCUCGUGCCCUCAGUCUCAGCCAGACACUUACUCAAUCCAGGACUCUCUGGUAAUCACCUGUCAUUGUAGCCACAGCAUCUUGACAAAGCAAAGCUGAAAUAAUCAUUAGCAUUUUCAAAAUUGGGAAGUAAAAGUAACUGCUUAAAGCUACCAUGGGGUCUCUCUGUUUCGUGUUUAUGAGCCAGUUCAUUCUGGUGGAACAGGUAAAUACCUUAUGCUGUUGGCUGACCCUUCUAGGCAGGAACACUUCCAUCCACUGAGUUAAUUAGGUCCUGUUUGGCUACAUUAGGUGGAAUCAGCCUCACAUGGGUAAUGGUAUGUGAUGGAAGAAUUUUGUAUGCACAAAUGACAUGAUUAAAAUUCUCUCUCUAGACUUUCUUAGAGAUCAACUCAUGGUGCAUGUUUGAGGCUGGUGGCCAAAGUGAGCUGGUCCCAUUUCUGCUUAGCUAUGGGAAGAAAAGAGAAAGGAGAUAGGGGAAUUAUCGAGAAAUAUAUGACUAAAUAUAUGGGCCACAUAGUCUCUGAAUAUAUUCUAUUAUACUGUCUGUUUCGACCGCACGCUUUUUUUCUGAUAGUUCAGAACUCUCUCCAGUGGUUACACAACUGAUGAAAGCAGCUACAUUUAGAAGUGAAUUGCUUAGAUAAAGUAUGCCUGAGUUCACCUUUGUUUUUUAUAUUCUGGAUAUUUCCAUUGUGAAAAUAUUCUGCAUGUUUGUGUCACUGGGGCAUCAUUUACACAAUAGGUAAAUGAAAGGUAUUUCUCUGUCAAUUCAAGGAUAAAGUGUAAGUGCUGAUUCUUAUUUUAUUCAAUUAAUGAAACCUUUUAAUAAGAAAAAUUAACCCGGCAUAUUCCUCUACAAGCUUGGGCUAGUGGAAUGUAAAGAAUUAAAGACAUUGAUAUAGUUCUUACUCUUGUUAUAAAAAGUGUGCAUGUAGAUAUAGUUAUAUAAUUGCAUAUAUACAUAUCUGCACACAUGGUUGGUUUUAUAUUGUCUUUUUU